AAGAGAAAGUGCUUUCCUAAGUGUACCACAUCCCUCCUCCGGUCCUUGAAUACCCAUCAUGACCAGCUGAGGAGCUAAGCCCUCGGGACUUCUAAGGCAAGAGGAGACACAUCACAAGACAGUACAGGGAGCCUGGGGGUCCAUCCUUGCGGGUUUACUGCAGGACCCCGUGUCCCAGGCACUGUGCUUGGCCGAUUCUAGACUCCCCCAGGUUUGGAGAGGUCCGGGAAGGGGCCAGAAGUUGGCCUUAAAGAGCAAGCAAAAAAGAGCGAAACUGAAAUCUCAUUUCAUUUCAGGAAUCUCCCGCUGCUCCUCAAAGCAGCUACCCUGAACUUUCUCCCCCUUAGGCCCCGCCUCAUUCCCACUGGGAUUAUUUUUUGCCAAGAGAAGCCUAAGAACCUUCUUGCUCAGGUGUGCGGCCACAAUAAAGCUGGCUAGGAAGGGGGUUCCAGCCCCAGGUCAAAUCCUCUUAAAAAAGAAUGUUGUUUUAGGCAAGUUAUCCGACUGUUUCACUGUCCCCAUACCUCCCUCGUGAGGGUUACAAAGGAUACGUAGACAACCCUUUAGCAGAGCAUGGCAGAUGCUCAGUAAGCGUUAACGGUUACGGUAGUAUUCAGAUAAAGGAGGAGCCAGAGGGCUCCCCAAGGCUUCUCUGGCUUUGCCAGCAGACAAAGCAGCCCAGAACUACAGCAGUCCCUGCCGGACUGGGGCAGGAAGUUCCGUUUUGCAGAAGUCAGGGGAGCGGGGUCAAAGAGCACCCAACUCCGGCUGGAGGCUGCUCCGCGGUGCACCGCUGGGGCCGCCGGCGCGAGAUGGGAGGGUGUGCCGGGAAGAGGGCACAGCCGAGGGCCCGAGGCCCCGGCCUCCAGUUCCGGCUCAGCUGCUGGCCUCAGGCAGGCCCCUGCCCCUCCCGCUGGCGGGGCCUUGGUUUGCCCAUCAGUAAGAUGGAGCCUCCCCAGCUCCCGAAACCGUUCCGAGAGCAUCCCAGAGUUUCUGGACCAGCAGAGCUGACGGUACCUAAGCUUGUGCUGAGGCGACUCUACUGAGGUCAGCCCCAUGGCUAUUCCACGUGCUUCAAAUGAGACUUCCUAUUUGCUGCCUCCAAACAAGGAGGACUGGGAAGGGCAUGGCAUUCCUGACUUUGUCUAUGGGCAGGAGGAACUCAUGAUGGAAGGGGUUCAGUGGCCAAGGGGCGCACUCAGCCUCCUGAACACGCCACCACUGUCUCACUUUGACUCUGCCCUCUGCUCAGCCUGGAGGCAGCGGAUGGAGCUGGGGCUUUUCCGCUACCCCCUGGGAGUGCUGCCAACCCAAACCCUGCCUGGGACCGUGGGUUUUGUGGCUCAGCUGAAUGUGGAGCGAGGUGUGCAGAGAAGGCGCCCCCAGAACAUCAAGAGCGUGAGGCAGGAGUUUGACCCUGAACAGUUUAACUUCAACCAGAUCCGGCCGGGAGAGGUCCUUUUCCGUCUGCACCGGAAGCGGGAUUGCCCCGGCACUGUCCAGCAAGAGGACAUCCUGGUGGUGAUCAACGUCAGCCCCUUGGAGUGGGGCCACGUGCUGCUGGUGCCCGAACCCGCCCGAGGGCUCCCCCAGCGCCUGCUGCCCGGGGCACUGCGGGCCGGGGUCGAGGCUGUGCUGCUGAGCUCACACCCAGGCUUCCGCGUGGGCUUCAACAGCCUGGGCGGCCUGGCCUCAGUGAACCACCUCCACCUGCAUGGCUACUACCUGGCCCACCGGCUGCCUGUGGAGGGGGCCCCCAGUGAACCCCUGGACCCUCGGGGUCGUCUGCAUGUGCUCCAGGCCCUCCCAGCUCCGGGCUUCCUCUUUUACACCAGUAGGCCAGGGCCUGACUUGGAAGCCUUGGUAAGCAGGGUGUGUCGGGCCACUGACUACCUGACUGACUGUGACAUUGCGCAUAAUUUGUUUGUCACCCGGGGGGCCCCACCUGGAAAGACAUCAUCUUCCUCAGCUCUCUCGGGAGUCCGGGUCAUUCUGUGGCCCCGGAAGCCCAGCUUUGGGAUAAAGGAAGGUGAGGCAUUCAAUGUUGCCCUCUGUGAACUGGCUGGGCACCUCCCGGUCAAAACAGCCCAGGACUUCAGCAGCCUCACCGAGGCGGCAGCUCUGGCCCUCAUCAGAGAAUGUCUGCUGCCCCCAGCCCGGGCAGAAGACGUGCGGGCGGCGCUGGUGGCCUUGAUAGGCCAGGAGGAACAAUAAUCCUCCCAGCAGUAUUUAUUCUUAACUGAUCCGGAGAACUGUCCAUCAUGGUGCUGUGGGCGCGUUCAUGAAUGCCUUCUCACUGGUUUCAGCAUAAGGGGAGGGAUAAAGAACUGGUAAGUGGUCUCUUUAAAGAGGGAGAUUGUUGGAAUAAAUGGCAUGAAUGAGCCCUCUUGGAUGUAUCUGCCGCUUUUCACCUUGCUUCUUGGACAAGUCCCAGGGAUGUCAAACCUGUUACUAAGAAGGGAGUACGUACAGGAGUUACACGCUCCUGACUCUGUAUGCUGACUUUUCUUUAAGUGUUAGCAAAGUGAUAGUUUAUCACUUGUUCUAUCUUGCCUCUGCUGGUCCUGCCUCUGCCCACCACUCAGUUGUGUCUCUUCAUUCUGCUCCUGAAUUCAUCCCCUCCAUCCAUAUACUGUAUUUGUAGGACAUAUUUUGCCUACCUGGGCACCUCAAAUUUUCCUCCAGCCCCAGUGCUGAGCUAAGUGUUCUUCACAUACAUUAUUUUGUGUGAGAACAAGGUGUCUUCACAACUUGAGCGUUGCAGGCCCUUUUAAUAGCCGCAUUUAGCAGAUGAAGAGAUGGAGGCUGAUAGAAGUUUAGUAACCCAUCCAAGUUCAGGUAGCUCAAAAGUAGUGGAGUCAAGAUGGCAGCACAGGCAGUCAGGACACCAUGAAGCUGAGCUGGGGCUGUGCACCUGUGACCAUCAUGUUAAUAAAGUCUCCUUGAGAUGAGGCAGAAUAUGCAUAACAACCCAUUUCAUAAGAAAGUUUAACCUUGAAAUUCCUCUGAACAUUUUGGUCACCCUCAACAUGCCUGUUUUUGGCAAUUGCACUAAUUUUAGCUCAGUGCCUCUCUCUACAAGCCUUUGCAAAUACAGGCUCUAGAAAGAUCACUUUAUUUUGCUUGCAUACUCUCUGAAGGGCGUGCAGUGACCAUUAUAGCAAAGUGGACUUGGAGUGCCUAAGGUGGUAGGUCCAAAUACCAGGAUUUCCCUAGCUUUCCCUUAGGACUGAUAUUCAGAGGAAGGCCUUCUUCUGGCCCCAAAUAAAUCUUUACACAAAAAUUAAAAGGUUUUCUUUAUGGUGGUACUUCUUAGCCAUGUGUACUUUGUGAAUGAUCAAGAAAGGGAUUUAUGGAAGCCUUCUCUAAGCUUAAAUAUGGAACAUUUAGGAGCUGCUUUGUACCCA